ACUGUGCAUGCGCAUUCACGAAGGAGGAAGCCAUAUUGAACGAAGGUGUACGACGAAGCAACACAGUAUUUAUACAUUUUUAAUACAGGAAUUCUGAGGAGGAACUGUACAAGAAUAACUUAGAUUCGUUAACAUAUUAUGUCCACAAUGAACCCAGAAUAUGACUACCUGUUUAAACUUUUGCUGAUUGGUGACUCAGGUGUUGGAAAGUCUUGCCUACUUUUGCGGUUUGCAGAUGACACAUACACAGAGAGCUAUAUAAGUACUAUAGGAGUAGAUUUUAAAAUUCGAACAAUUGAACUAGAUGGGAAAACUAUAAAGUUACAGAUAUGGGACACUGCUGGUCAGGAGAGAUUCCGAACUAUAACAUCCAGUUACUACAGGGGUGCCCACGGUAUUAUCGUGGUGUACGAUGUCACAGACCAGGAGUCCUUUAGCAAUGUGAAACAGUGGUUACAGGAAAUUGAUAGAUAUGCCAGUGAAAAUGUCAACAAAUUACUUGUGGGCAACAAAUCCGAUAUGGAGACAAAGAAAGUUGUAGAUUAUACAACAGCUAAGGAAUAUGCUGACCAGCUUGGAAUCCCAUUUUUGGAGACCAGUGCAAAGAACGCUACAAAUGUGGAACAAGCAUUUAUGACGAUGGCCGCGGAAAUCAAGAACAGAAUGGGACCAGUCAUUUCAGCCUCACCCGACAACAAACCCAGUGUUAAAAUUAACGCUAGCAACCCUGUCAAGCAAUCAGGGGGGUGUUGUUAAUUGUUGUCAUUGUGUAAGAUGCACGAUUUAUAUGUGGGGGUAAAACUUGCGAGUAUCAUGCUGUCCAAUGGAAAAUGUUGGGUAUUGAAAUACCCAUAUUUGGACAAUAUCAGAAUUUGAGACUCUAAUGCCACAAUAUUUUAAGUUCAGAUAAAAUGUCACGGUAGUGGAGUGGAGUCUUUGGUCUAUUGAUUGUUACUUUCCCUUCUUUUUAUCAUCUAUGUGUCUAAUUUUUUUUUUCUUUGCUUGUUUUUGAUCAUUUGUUUAUAUUGAAUUGAAGAUUUUCCUUAAUAAUAUUAAAAUUAAAUAUAACUCCCUGCAGGCAAAUUCAUUGAAAAAAUAUCGAGGCUUUCUAUUCCUACUACUUUGUUCAGUGAUAAUUAAUGUGUAUUUAUGUAAACUCAAAUAUAUUUAUGUUCCUGUACAGUUUUUCAUUAGUCUUUGUAUUUGUAAAAUGCUAUCACUUGGUGUUUCUCAUGUCAGAUAUCAAUAGCAUUCCAUCAGCAUUUCCUUCCUAUCAGUUUUACAGUUACCUUCAUUACACCUGCAUUGGAAGGAAGUGUGUGUUUAAAGAAGAUUGGGAUGGUACACAUACAAAUGUAGUUUAUACUGACAUGAGAAUGGUCUUCACUGUGAAAGCAUUGGUGUAUUUAUCACAUUUUACCAUAUUGAUCUAUUUAUCAGAAUGACAAGUGACUACUUGUGAACAUCUUUUUGCUGUGAGAAUGGAUCUCUGUAUGUUUUAUUGAAGUAGAAUAGACAUUGCGCUCAUUUGGGUCAUUUCCUCUCUAACAUGCCUUGCUAAAUAGCCAAAAAAAUAACUGAAUAACUGAUACCUAAUUUAUGUUCUAUUCAACAAAACAAAAGCAGAAAGAGCCAUAUAGUAUACUUGAUGUAAAUACAGCUCAGACCAGAUAAUAUGAACUGUCAUAUCAAGAACUGUAGCCUUCCAUGUGCGUCUAAUUUUUUUCCCUGGUUUGAUUGAAUGAUAUGAUUGUGUAAAAGGUGUUUAUGUUUUUCAUUCAGAAGGAUAUUACUUUUGUUACAGUAAAUGUACCUGGUCACUUCUAAUUGCUUUAGUGGAGCCGUAUUUAUUGGAUGGUUGAAUUAUGUCAAAUUGUCACCUGAAUUUAACAGAUGUAAAAGUGCAUAAUUUGAAAAUGUAAUUAAAAAAAAAAGAAUUUAGAAGUAAAUAUUUUUAAUAAGCAGUUAUAGUUUGUUUUCAAGGAAAGUGGGUAACAUCACCAUUCAUGGUUGUGACAUCAUAUGAGGGGAAAAGGUGUAUGGUUUUAGGUAUGAAGGAAUGAACCAAAAUAGUUGUUUAUGUGUGAUACCAUGUUUUGUGAAGGAGUGUUACAUGGGAGCAAUUGAACUUCUUGCCUCUCGGGAGCAGGCAGGCUUGUUACUUGAUGAUUUGUGCUAAAUCCUCUACUCAUCAGUCAACAAAUAAACAAUAAUAAAUCUUUUAUCAUGUUUUUUUUUCUAAAUAUGAUUUCUGUGUUGUGUACAGUAAAGGUUGUUUAAAUAGAAAUCAAUGGACCACAAGUCUUGGACAGGAUCCACAUUUACAACAAGAGGCCCAGGGGCCACAUCACUCACCUAAGCAACAAUAGCUAUAACUGAUCAAAUCAGCAUUAUAAUAUCAAAAUCAAAAUAUCUUGACAAUUAGGUAUGGUUAGAUCUUGUAAAAAAGUAAAAAAAAUCAGCCAAUUUUCAUCCACAUAUUUUCUUGGCAAAUACCAAGCCCCUUUAUUUGUCUCAGUAUUUGUGAGAAGUUUUCUCUAUUCCUAUAUUAUUAAAGAGAUUUUUAAUUUUUUUUAUUCCUAAAUACACCCCCCCCCCUUUGUGGUCCCCACUUUUUCCAAGGGAAUCGUGGUCUGAUCGAGCUUCAAUCUGUACAAGUCGUGCCUUCACACAAGUUUCAGCCUUUGGCUCAUGUGAGCUAAAAAGGAAAUGUGCAAUAUGAUGGUUGGCAGGUUAAUGCAGUACCGCAUAUAAUGGUAUAUACAUGUACUUUUAAAUCAUUAAUGGACAUAAAUUGGCUCAAUUCCUUUUUCCUGUGUUCAGCCUGUAAUGCAGAGUGCAUUUGGAUCCAAACUCUUGAGUGUUAAGAGGGCAGGACAGUCAUAGGCAUUUUUAGACUAUAGUAAUCUUGAGAUAAAAGAGUUCUGUGUAAUGAUACUGGAAAACAUAAGAAUUUUCAGUAAAAUAUUUGGAAUUUCUUCCAUACUAAAUUUUCAUCUUUAACUGAACUAAGCAGGUGAUUUGUAUUACAUAAACAUUCUGUUUUCUCUUCUUCAUUCAAUAAAUCCAACCAUUGUCAAAAUGACGAUGGCCGCGGAAAUCAAGAACAGAAUGGGACCAGUCAUUUCAGCCUCACCCGACAACAAACCCAGUGUUAAAAUUAACGCUAGCAACCCUGUCAAGCAAUCAGGGGGGUGUUGUUAAUUGUUGUCAUUGUGUAAGAUGCACGAUUUAUAUGUGGGGGUAAAACUUGCGAGUAUCAUGCUGUCCAAUGGAAAAUGUUGGGUAUUGAAAUACCCAUAUUUGGACAAUAUCAGAAUUUGAGACUCUAAUGCCACAAUAUUUUAAGUUCAGAUAAAAUGUCACGGUAGUGGAGUGGAGUCUUUGGUCUAUUGAUUGUUACUUUCCCUUCUUUUUAUCAUCUAUGUGUCUAAUUUUUUUUUUCUUUGCUUGUUUUUGAUCAUUUGUUUAUAUUGAAUUGAAGAUUUUCCUUAAUAAUAUUAAAAUUAAAUAUAACUCCCUGCAGGCAAAUUCAUUGAAAAAAUAUCGAGGCUUUCUAUUCCUACUACUUUGUUCAGUGAUAAUUAAUGUGUAUUUAUGUAAACUCAAAUAUAUUUAUGUUCCUGUACAGUUUUUCAUUAGUCUUUGUAUUUGUAAAAUGCUAUCACUUGGUGUUUCUCAUGUCAGAUAUCAAUAGCAUUCCAUCAGCAUUUCCUUCCUAUCAGUUUUACAGUUACCUUCAUUACACCUGCAUUGGAAGGAAGUGUGUGUUUAAAGAAGAUUGGGAUGGUACACAUACAAAUGUAGUUUAUACUGACAUGAGAAUGGUCUUCACUGUGAAAGCAUUGGUGUAUUUACCACAUUUUACCAUAUUGAUCUAUUUAUCAGAAUGACAAGUGACUACUUGUGAACAUCUUUUUGCUGUGAGAAUGGAUCUCUGUAUGUUUUAUUGAAGUAGAAUAGACAUUGCGCUCAUUUGGGUCAUUUCCUCUCUAACAUGCCUUGCUAAAUAGCCAAAAAAAUAACUGAAUAACUGAUACCUAAUUUAUGUUCUAUUCAACAAAACAAAAGCAGAAAGAGCCAUAUAGUAUACUUGAUGUAAAUACAGCUCAGACCAGAUAAUAUGAACUGUCAUAUCAAGAACUGUAGCCUUCCAUGUGCGUCUAAUUUUUUUCCCUGGUUUGAUUGAAUGAUAUGAUUGUGUAAAAGGUGUUUAUGUUUUUCAUUCAGAAGGAUAUUACUUUUGUUACAGUAAAUGUACCUGGUCACUUCUAAUUGCUUUAGUGGAGCCGUAUUUAUUGGAUGGUUGAAUUAUGUCAAAUUGUCACCUGAAUUUAACAGAUGUAAAAGUGCAUAAUUUGAAAAUGUAAUUAAAAAAAAAAGAAUUUAGAAGUAAAUAUUUUUAAUAAGCAGUUAUAGUUUGUUUUCAAGGAAAGUGGGUAACAUCACCAUUCAUGGUUGUGACAUCAUAUGAGGGGAAAAGGUGUAUGGUUUUAGGUAUGAAGGAAUGAACCAAAAUAGUUGUUUAUGUGUGAUACCAUGUUUUGUGAAGGAGUGUUACAUGGGAGCAAUUGAACUUCUUGCCUCUCGGGAGCAGGCAGGCUUGUUACUUGAUGAUUUGUGCUAAAUCCUCUACUCAUCAGUCAACAAAUAAACAAUAAUAAAUCUUU